AGUUUUCGAGGGCCGGGAAAAUAUCUGUGUUUAUGUUUUUGGCAUCUAGAAUUAUAGAUCAUUAUAGUCAAGAAUUUUAUACAACAACUCACGAAAUCGGCAUAGGAGAUAUGGCUUUCCUUUCACCUUUAUUUCGCCUGAAGAGUCCGUGUAGGCUCAAUUUUACGGUAGUGAAAAGAGCUCGGAUUUCUACCCAGGCGUGGAAACUUAGGUAAGCGACGUUGACAGCUUUUAUUAAUAUUUACACGUCCGAUUUCCUAAAAAUACGACGUUUCUUGUGUAUGAUAUUAUUUGUUCCGAUCAUUUAUCAGCUACCACUCAAUCAAAAUGACUUAUAAUGUUUUGUUAUUUUUCGUACUUUCGCCAUGUUUUGUCCAUGAUCGUGACAGCUGUGAUUUGAAAAAUGAGAACAGUUGCGGAGAAAUCUCCAAAGGUUCCCGAGCCAAGUACUACACGUCACCUUCUCGAUCUAAUAUUAUCAAUAUCUCCUCCACUUUGACUCUGAAUGAUGGCGUGAAAAUCCCCAUAUUUGGUCUCGGCGUUUAUCAAGCUGGAUCGGGUGAAGAAACUCGAAAUGCUGUUCACUGGGCUUUGGAAAACCACUAUCUGCAAAUCGACACAGCGGCGAGGUAUAACAACGAGGCGAGUGUCGGGGAAGCUCUCCGGGAGAGUGGAAUUCCAAGAGGAGAUAUAUUUGUUGUUACUAAGCUUUAUGAUGAUGAUCAUGGCUAUGAAGAGACAUUCAAAGCCUUUAAUAAGAGUUUAGGAAAUCUUGGAUUGGAAUAUGUGGACUUGUAUUUGAUGCACUCUCCUGUUCCUGAUAAAGUUGUACCAUCUUGGAAUGCCAUGGUCAAACUACAACAUCAAGGACUGAUUAGGUUUGUUAGACAUUGUGAACCUUUGAUGCAACCUUAAAGCUCUGUGUUGAAUGUCGGGGAUCAUUAUAUAAUGUUUUUGGUCAAUUCCAAAAUUGACCAUGCCCACCCCCAAACACCCCCCCUCCUGCCCCUCUGGGCAAACCGCAGACAUUUGACCUUUUCGAAAAAUGUUGGUCAAAUUAACCGAUAUGUUGGCAGUUUAGGUGGUCAAAAGCCCCACCAGCUGGCGCUUUAAAAAGCGUCUUAUCCCCCACCCACCAGCAACUGUUCAAAAAUUGUCCCAUGCAUCAAACCAUUUAUUCAAAUGUAAAUAUCCUACUAAACACAACUGACAGAUAAGAUAUAUAUAUGACUAUGUACAUGAUCUUAAGAUUGAGAGACCCCCUUUAUUAUUAUUCGGGUUUUUUUUCUGUCCAGUUUCCCUUACAUUUUACAUUUAUUUUUAUUAAAAGGAUUCUUAUGUUGAGGGAUCCUUAUGCCUAGGGGUUCUAACACUGUACAUUCAGCGUUCUUAUUUAUGUUCUAGGAUUCUUAUGUCCAUGGCUGCAUAUACAUAAAGGGUUCUUAUGUCCACAGAUUCUUACAUUCUGGGGUUCUUACAUCCAAGAGUUCUUACGCCCAGUGGUUCUUACAUCUAUGGGGGUUCUUACAAUCAUGGGUUCUUACAUUUAGGGUUUCUUGAUCUAGGGGUUCUUAUGUUCAGGGUUCCAAUAUCCAGAGGUUCCUAGGUCCAAUGAUUCAAGGGUUCAUGUUACAUUCAGGGAUAUUACAUCCAAGUGUCUAUCACUGUCUAACAUUCAGGAGUCUUACAUUUAGGGUUCUUAGAUCCAGGGGUCUUACAUCUAGGGGUUGUUACAUCCAGGGGUCUUCAACAUUAAUUUCAUGUUUAUGGUAAUGGUGUUGAAAGUCUUGGCCCAAAAUGUUGAACAUUUUUUUUUCCUUAGUACAUUUUAUUAAAUUAUACACACUAAAAUGUCUAGCUCUUGUUGGCAUAAAAGUUGUGUCAGAGACAACUUACACAGACACAUAUUUAGAACACCAUGAUUAUUGUGCUAGGUUACAGCAUUAUGUGCUACCAGAACUGUGAUUACUGCUUACCCCUCGGAGGUGCAUUAAUAAAUUGGUCGUGUCUUAUGUGUACUUUUCAUCAAAUUGAAUAUAAUCAAAGUGGGCCCUUUUACCAUCCCUGUAACAAUGGUCUGAUAUAUUGUGCUGUACUCUUCAAUACUAGGCGCUAAAAAAUCCCUACUUUGAUGUAGAUUUACUGCAAAACAGAACCCAAAUUCUUCAUUCCAGUAAUCAUUUAUCAUAAUUAAAGGAUAUGUUAUUUCCACCAAAAACCAACAUGAUAUAUUCUUCUAUCCCAGACAAAACCGCUCUAUGUACCCUUAUAGCUUAAAUUGGCUAUGUUCCCCUUGAGUAUCGUCAAUGACAAUGUCAAGUGAAGUAAUUAAUAUGCACUAAGACUUUGUUGUAAAUUUUUAUAAAAAGCCCCUCCCUUAUAUGCAGCUUACCCCUUAGACAGGGUAAAUUGUGAAUUUUCAGGUGACCUUUUUAAACCAUAAUCAUGGUUUAAUGUGAAAAACUCAUCUCCGGAAAUUGUAGGUAACUUAUUUUUAGCAGAGAAACUCCAAAUAUCUUAUACAAAUGUAAUGGUUAUCCAGAAAGUUUUAUCCUUUCUCUUGUUUUAGAAAUUUGUGGGCAAAAUUUGUUCCUUGGAACAGCCAUUCUACAGAUAAAAAGUUGAUUCCACUAUUUUUUCCAUUUGUCCACCUUGUCAGGGGUCCUCAGUCCUGCACAAAUUGACUAUUUUCAUUUUCCUGUAAAAGAGAGGCUGCUUUGUAGUCUAUGGAUAGGAUUUUAGAAUUCACAGUUUGCCAAGGUAUUAGUGUUAUUUUUUUCCUGCACAGAUCCAUUGGUGUCUCAAAUUUUGGUAUCCACCAUCUUGAAGAACUGAAAAAGCACUCGACAGUGGUACCAUCUGUAAACCAAAUUGAAGUGCAUCCAUUUUUACAAGAAAAUGCGCUGGUAAAUUACUGCAGAAAAGAAGGAAUUGCAAUUCAAGCGUACUCACCACUGACAAGAGGUGAAAAACUUGGCCAUCCCACCUUGAAAGCUAUUGGAGACAAGCACGAAAAAACUCCAGCACAAAUCCUGUUGAGGUGGUGCAUACAAAAAGGUUAUAUUUGCAUCCCCAAGUCAAGUCAAUUAUCCAGAAUAGAAGAAAAUGCUAGCAUUUUUGACUUUGAAUUGACUGACGAUGACCUGAACAUUCUGGAUGGAUUGGAAGAGGAUUUUAGGACAGGGCGGCCUAAAAUAAAGGAGCCGUGGAAUGGGUAGUUGUUAUUUUGCUCUAAACAGAGCUUUUUGAGAGCUGUUUACUCCUUUGAUCUACAUGUAUUCUGAGCAGUGUUCAUAUGGCAUUAAAAUGAUCUUGGACUGGACAUGGUCAAUUAUUCAUUUCACUUUUUUACAUGUGGGUGAUAUCAUAUUAUAAUAAAUUAUAGGUAUUUGUCAUACAACAAUUUAAGGCAAUACAGCAUAAGGGGUGGCCAAUGGUACCUUGAAAAACGUGGGUCUCGGAAAAUUUUGGCAGGAUCUUGAAAUCUCGGAAACGUUUUUGAUAAAUCUCGAAGUCUCGUUUUUUCAUGGUUUGUUUUACUUUUUUUGAGUCUUGAAACUUUUCACCAAAGAGUCUCGGGCUCGGAUUUCUAACUAGGAUCUCGGCGUCUCGGCGAGUCUCGGAUUUUACCAUUUGCCACCCCUAGCAUAGUACAGCAUAAUAUAUGGGUGCUUUUGCAUGUGAGAAAUGUGAAGAUGUUUCGAGUGGGUGAGUGGUGCUCUCUCCUUAUUUAUUUGAUAUAAAAAAUGAAAAAAGAUAAUAACGGUAUGGUGCUAUUCUAAUGUAGACGCUUAAUGACCUGACAGUCUGGGUUUUGGUGACAUUACAUGUUUUCAGUUGGAAGCCUGGUCGCUGAGUGGUUAACUCCAUGACCUCAAUUUCUGUUGGUCUAGUUUUAAGACUUACAUCACUUUUUGUAGUCUCUCUUCACCCUGGUAUAAAAAUGGUACAGUACCCCCAGCCUAUUUCUAGUCUGGGGGUCAUCCUGCAGUGGAGUGUCAUCC